UGAGAUCCGCCAUUACCUGCGUGAAUGUUCUUGUGAUCUACACCCAAUGUGAGUUAUGUCUUCUUCAAGUGUAACCACAGCAGAUCCAAAAGAUCCUGGUGAUGUUCAGGCAAGAAAAAGAAGUGAUAGUUAUGAAUUUCAACCUCCAAAUAUGUCCUUGAGACGAAUGGUUCUGGUGGGGAGGACAGGAGCAGGUAAAAGCUCAUCUGGAAACACAAUCCUGGGUAGAAAAGCCUUUAGAGCCGCUAAAAGUGCUUCAUCUGUGACUAAAGAGUGCUGGAAGGAGACUGGAGAAGUGGACGAGCGUCAGCUGGUGCUGGUGGAUUGUCCAGGCAUCUUUGACACCACACUGUCAGAAGCUGAAACCAUACGAGAGAUGAGUAAAUGUGUGAAUAUGACAGCUCCUGGACCUCACGCCAUCAUCCUGGUCAUUAAACUGGGCCCGUUCACUGAAGAAGAGAGUCUCUCAGUGGAGAAAAUCAGAGCAGUGUUUGGAGAAGCAGCAGAUAAACACACCAUCAUCCUCUUCACACAUGGAGAUGAACUGACUGAGGACAUUGAAAUAACACUUAGUGAAGCACGACGUGAUUUAAAAGACCUUGUAGAGUCAUGUGGAGGACGAUAUUAUGUGUUCGACAACACUAAAGUUCACAAUCGCAAACAGGUUUUAGAGUUUCUGGAUAAGGUUGAUGAGAUGUUGCUCAAGAAUGAGGAUAAAUAUUACACCAGUGAGAUGUUUCAGCAUGUGGAGAAAAUGCUGAAGGACAAAGAGGAGGAGUUUAGAAAGCUGUAUAAUCAGAAGAUAUUAGAGUUAACAGACACAUUUAAUGAAGAGAAGACAGAACUGGAGGAGAAAAUCAGAUGGAUGAAAGAGACAGAGGAGAAGAAAGACAAGAAAAUUAAAGAGUUGAAUGAGUUAGUGAAAGAAAAGGACAGGCAGUUUAAAGAGUUUAAGCGUUUUUAUAAGCAGAAAUGUAAGAAUGUGAGACAGGAGGUGGAAGAGACUCAAGUGGAUGAAAACAUCCCAGAAAUCAGGAAAAAACUACAAAAGCUCCGUGUCUGAGAUGCUGUAUAGUUGAUUUUGAAUUAUUUAAAUGCAGAGUAUUUAUUGGUCAGCACUGAGUGCUGUAGUAAAGAUAUUAGAAAUACAGUAUACUGUACAAACAUUUCUUUAGUGUAAAUAUGGACUAAAAAUAUAGACUUCCAGUAUUAAAAGUUUAUCUAUCUACACUUUUGUGUUUAGCUGCAGUGCUUUUUAUGUAAAGUUUAUUCAUAAACUAAUUUGGAGAGUAUUACGUACUUAUGAUUGACUGCACCUGGUCUCACAUUAGCUAAUUGUCACAUCCCCGGCUCGUUCCUGCUCACCCAAUCAUCGCUCUCCCUCACAAAUCACCUCCAUCCAAUCCUGUGAACCCUCACCGGUAUUCUAAUUCCUGCACCUGUUCUCCAUCACCAAAGGACACUAUAAAAGCUUACCUUCUCCUCUCAGUCAUCGGCCGGUAUUGAAGUCAGAUGGUUGUCUUCAUCUUCGCUCCUUCGUCUUCUCUUCUUCCAUGGAUGUUCAUGGAUGGAGUCUUAGGCUGCGUCCGAAACCGCCUACUACUCAGUAGGUACUGCAUUUGAAUUUAAACGUCAAAGGCCAUUAGAAAAGUACGUUCUAUACAGUAUGAAUGUGAAAAGUAUGAAUGGAAUUCGGACGUACUACAUCCACCAUUUUGUCAUGGUCACGUGACCUACCUGCGUCAGUUGCGUCGCUUCAGUCGCAUUAAUGAAUUCUAUCGCGGGGCAUCAUGGGAUAGUGCAGCAUGCAUGGGAUGCACACUUCAGAAUCUCGCCGGAACUAGUUAAGUCAUCCGGGUACUUCUUGCAUACUGAUUUUCGAAUUCUAUGAAUUCGGACGCAAUACUCGGUUCACAUACUGAUUUUAGCGUACUGUAUAGUAUGGAAGUAUGCGGUUUCGGACAUAGCCUUAGAGUCCUUGACACAUCAAGGGAAGUGUAUAUUUUUAUCUGAUGUUUACUAGAAGAUCUGCCAGUUAUUUGAUGAACUGUGUGUCUGUAUACUCACCCACGGAUGUUCCUUAUGUGCCUUCGGAUCCUUCACACUGAUCGAGGGCUUAACUGGAAGAUCCACCAUUGACUUGAUGAACUGUGUUUCUGGAUGCUCACCUGCUGAUGUUCCCACGAACGAACUAUAUGUGAGAUCGCUAACAUCAGAUGUUUACGUUACUAAGCUGUUAAAGAAGAUCGCUAACAGCAUUAACACUGCUCCCUUACUUCCUCACUUUGAUUAAGUGACUUUGUUUUGAAUAAAACCGAUAAACGAUAACCAUCCUUGUCUACCAGCGUGACACUAAUGCAUGAUUGACCAAUCAGAUGAUUCC